GCUGGAGUGUUACUGACAUCACAACAUACAGCUGUUGACUUUCUAUUGUCUCUGAGUCCUCCGCAAGUGCGUUAGACUGCUCUCGCAGCACUCUCCCAAUGUCUAACUAAAUCAGCUGGCUGUGUGUGUAUGUGCUCUGUAGAGCAAUGCAGAAAAUCAGCCUGCAGAUACUAUGGAAGUUACAUCUUCAUUCACUCUGUGUGAUGAAACAAAUACCAAUACAAUGAAGGCUACUGAAAGUUAUGAUACAUUUGAUCCGAGACAGUCCAUCUCAGUCCAGGUAUCUACAGUGGUGACAAGGACAUGGGACUCCUCCUGCCAGAUUCCAGAUGGUUCAGUACAAUUGACAUCCUGGUUGACAACUGUGAAAAAGAACCUUGGAUUGUUUUAUUUCAUUUUUGUGGUAUACCACAAUCCCAAAUCCAUAAGACACAUCAGGCUUCAGGUUCCCUGUAGAAUUCUAAAAUAACCUUUGCUAAUGAGGAUGUCUGAUACUAUUACUGUAAAAAAUGAAACUGAAACAAUGAAGGAUUUGGAGGCAGAAGUGAAAGAUAAAACCAGAGUUGAAAAGCUUAUUAAAUCAGAAAACUAUGGGAAGAUUUUGGCAGAGAAGAAUGAACGUAUUGACAACAAUAUUGAUUUGCAGCGGCCAUUGCAGUCAUUUGGACAGUCAAAAAGGUCUAAGUCAAGCUCAAAGUUAAAGCUAGUUCGGAGCCUUGCAGUGUGUGAAGAAUCACCACCACCCCCAACAACAGAACUAUCGCAGGAGAACCAGGAGAAAAUUAAAAUCCAGUUAACACAAUCAUUUGAAAAAGAAGAGAAGCCCUCAAAAGAUGAAGCAGAAAAAGAAAAAGUCAAUGAUAAGUUGCCUAGAAAAAUGUUAUCAAGAGAUUCCAGUCAAGAAUACACUGAUUCAACUGGCAUAGAUCUACAUGAAUUUUUAGUAAAUACAUUAAAAAACAAUCCCAGGGACAGAAUGACGCUGUUGAAAUUGGAACAGGAAAUAUUAGAUUUCAUUGGUAAUAAUGAGUCUCCACGAAAAAAAUUUCCCCCAAUGACAUCUUACCAUAGGAUGCUAUUACAUAGAGUAGCCGCUUACUUUGGAUUAGACCACAAUGUUGAUCAAAGUGGGAAGGCUGUCAUAGUAAACAAAACUAGCAAUACCAGAAUACCUGAUCAGAAGUUUAAUGAACAUAUUAAGGAUGAUAAAUGUGAAGACUUUCAGAAACGAUAUAUCCUCAAGAGAGAUAACUCUAGCUUUGACAAAGAUGAUAACCAGAUGAGAAUACGUUUGAAAGAUGACAGAAGAAGCAAAUCUAUAGAAGAAAGAGAAGAAGAGUACCAGAGAGCUAGAGACCGAAUAUUUUCCCAAGAUUCCUUGUGUUCCCAAGAGAAUUAUAUUAUUGACAAAAGAAUUCAAGAUGAGGAUGCCAGUAGUACCCAACAGAGGCGGCAGCUGUUUAGAGUUAAUAAAGAUGCUUCAGGGAGAUCAACAAAUAGCUAUCAAAGCAGCACUGAAAAUGAGCUGAAGUACUCUGAACCACGACCUUGGAGCAGUACAGAUUCUGACAGCUCUCUCCGAAACUUCAAACCUGCUGUAACCAAAGCCAGCAGUUUCAGUGGGAUUUCAGUUCUGACAAGAGGUGAUAGCUCUGGAAGCAGCAAAAGCAUAGGCAGGCUUUCAAAAACAGGUUCUGAGUCUUCUGGUAGUGUAGGGUCAUCUACGGGCUCUCUUUCUCACAUCCAGCAGCCUCUUCCAGGUACAGCUCUCAGCCAGUCUUCUCAUGGCGCGCCUAUCGUCUAUCCAACUGUCAGCACUCAUAGUUCUCUUUCCUUUGAUGGUGGCUUAAAUGGGCAAGUUGCAUCUCCUAGCACUAGCUUCUUUUUGCUUCCCUUGGAAGCGGCAGGCAUACCACCUGGCAGUAUUCUGAUCAACCCACAAACAGGUCAGCCCUUCAUAAAUCCAGAUGGCAGUCCAGUUGUGUAUAAUCCUCCUGUGACUCAACAACCAGUUAGAACCCAAGUGCCUGGACCUCCACAGCCAUCUCUGCCACCCCCACCACCUCAGCAAGCAGCGAAUCACAUUUUCUCACAGGACAACCUUGGAAAUCAGUUUAGCCACAUGAGUCUUGCCCGCCAACCACCUGCAGACGGUUCUGACCCUCAUGCCACCAUGUUCCAGUCCACUGUUGUUCUUCAGUCCCCACAGCAGCCUGGAUAUAUCAUGACUGCAGCUCCCCCACCACCACCACCCCCGCCGCCCCCACCACCGCCUCCUCUACCCACUGGACAUCCAGUUCCUACUGCUAGUUUCUCUGUUUCUGGUCAUCCUGUCACCCAGCCUGUGCUCCAGCAGCAGGGAUAUAUUCAGCAACCCUCACCACAGAUACCAGCAUGUUACUGUGCCCCAGGCCACUAUCACUCCAGUCAACCUCAGUAUCGUCAAGUCUCUUCUGUUCAUUACAAUUCACAUCUAAACCAGCCACUGCCACAGCCUGCACAGCAGACAGGUUAUCAAGUUAUGCCUAACCAGCAGCAAAACUACCAAGGAAUAGUUGGAGUCCAGCAACCCCAGAGUCAGAGCCUCGUUGGUGGCCAGUCAAAUAGCAUUGGAAAUCAGAUCCAAGGAGUGAUGAUCCCCUAUCCUUCAGUGCCAUCAUAUCAGGUUUCACUGCCUCAGGGUUCUCCAGGAGUUGCCCAUCAGACAUAUCAACAGCCUGUUAUGUUCUCUAAUCAGUCUAAUCAAGGAUCUAUGCCCACAGCAGGAAUGCCAGUUUACUAUAGUGUCAUUCCAUCUGGCCAGCAAAAUAAUUUAAGCUCAUCAGUAGGUUAUUUGCAGCACCCAGGAUCAGAACAAAUACCAUUUCCUCGGUCCACUUCACCUUGCAGUUCCCAGCAGCUUCAAAACCACCAGUGUGCAGCUGUGCCAUCUCUGCCACCUGGUGGAGGAAUGGUGAUGAUGCAACUAAAUGUUCCAAGUAACCCGCAAUCUCGUGCCCACUCACCUCCACAGUGGAAACAAAAUAAAUAUUAUUGUGAUCACCAGAGAGGACAAAAGUGUGUGGAAUUUAGUAAUGUAGACACUAUUGUUCAGCACAGCCCUCAACUUAGUAGCCCCAUUAUUUCACCAGCUCAGUCUCCAGCACCAGCUCAGCUAUCCACCCUGAAAACUGUACGUCCCUCUGGACCACCACUUUCCAUCAUAUCUCAGUUUUCUAGAACUUUUGUACCUGGGCAAGGAGAUGCCAGAUACCCGUUACUUGGCCAGCCACUGCAGUACAACCCGCCUGCUGUUCUGCAUGGACACAUUCCAGCCCAACAGGGUCAUUCCAGCAACAGGCAUGGAAGUCGUGGAAGGAAACAAGCUAAAAAAGCUGCAUCCACUGACCUUGGUGCAGGAGAAGCAGUUGUUGGAAAGGUUUUGGAAAUCACUGAACUACCAGAUGGAAUAACUCGCAUGGAAGCUGAGAAGCUUUUUGGAGAACUCUUUAAAAUCGGUGUCAAGAUCCGGUGGCUUCGAGACCCCCAAUCCCAGCCCCAGCUACGUCGUCACCCCCUUUAUUGUGGCAGCGGGGACAGUGCUGUCAACUCUGACCGUCCUAAACCCAGUGACUUGGCUUCCACAUACACUGUCUUAGCCACAUUCCCCUCCAUUUCAGCUGCACAGAAUGCAUUGAAGAAACAAAUUAACUCAGUUAACAAAUUUAAGCUGAGAACAAGCAAGAAGCGCUAUGAUUUUCACAUUUUGGAAAGGGCAAGUUCUCAGUAGCAGAACCACCUUGGAACCCUUGACCUUUAUGAUUCCCCUCUUUUCUCCCAUCUUUAACUGGCUUGGAAUUUGGAGUUUCUGUUAACAGGAUAGGGACUCCUAGAACAUGUGGUCAUGGUGUUUAACUGAGAAGGCAGGUCGGUGAUCCAACAAAAUGGGGGGCGUGGGGAAUACACAUUUCACCCAAAAUGGCUGUAGAAAUCCAUGUCGGAGUGAUACAGAGUUAGCAAUUUUUUCUGAGGAAAUGCAAUUCAAAUGUCUCCUAACUUUUAUAGUUAUUUUGUUUUAUAUUUCUGAAUUCUUGUAUCAGAUCCAAAGCGCUGUUGUACAGCAAAUUAUUCUUCAAAAUGAUUACAACUAGUGGCAACCUGUAUUUCUUUGUUACAGCCAGCACAGUAUGACCCAAAACAGAAAUUUGGGGUAAAGGAAAAAUUCAGGACUAGAAUAACCAAUUCAAAACCAUGUCUUGUUUGAUUGGUGGAUUAGGUGGUGACUAAGGAGAGCCCACAAAUAGAAAAUUGCACUUCCCCUAUAUCUCUAAACAAAGAUACAGCUUCUAGAAAAAUGCAGAACUCCCUCAUAGGGGCCUUUCCUUAUCCAUUCAUUUAGGUAGUGUGAACAUUUAAGUGUAAAGUAAAUUAUGUUCUGAAUGCCUCUUAAUCAAACCACUUAGAUUUAAAGGGGAACAAGAAGCAUUCUAGGCAAAAAAAUAAAUACUUCCACUGUUUUUUUUUAAGUGUCCCUCCAGUAACUAACGGCCACUUCCUUGCAUUCCCCUCCAUGUGGAUUUUUUGUCACCUAAGGAAAUGCAUCUGACAAGUGCUGGAAACUUCUUGAGUGGUUUAAAUUUUGUUUCCAUUGUUUGCAGCGGAUCACUGGCCAUCAAAGAUUCAUUGCACUUAUGAACAAGGAACCUUUUUUUCAACUUCUGUGUAAUUUGCAAGGCUGUGCAGUGUGUGCUGAUGCAAGCCUUUUUCAGUUCAAGAGAAUAAAUGUUUACAAAUAUAGA